CAGGAAUAAAUUGAUCUCUUUUAGAGUGAAAUUUACUACCGCUAAAACUCAUUCGUCAAAUGGCGCCGUUGCCGGGGAUUGGUGCUUAAUUUAAUUUUUCUGUUAUAAAUUUUUAUAGUUAGCCUAGUAGAAAAUUGGUUAGGUCGAUUUUCUAGCAUCUUUACAUACUUUGGCAAAAUUACAUGCAAACCCGCUCAACUAGUGGGGGUAGUUUUGCUCCGUUCACUGAAAAUCCUGAGAAAAUUCUCCGACAAAAUACUUUGAAAAAUUCACCCGGUGGGGAUUUUGAGGAAGAAGAAGAGAUAGAGGUUGAUCAGCCCAUAAUGGAGGAAAAUAACGAACGUAGGCGGACUGUGCUCCAAGCCAUGAGCCCCGCCUAUGUUGAAGAAGACCCCAUCAGACUCCCGAACACUGACGCCCACACAUUCGAGAUCAAACCUGCCAUGAUCCAAAUGGUCUCGAAUAAUCAGUUCAGGGGUAUGAAGGGAGAAGAUCCAAGGGCCCACAUGCUAUGGUUCUCCCGAACCUGUCAGACGCUGAAGAUGAACGGAGUGACCUCCGAUCGUAUCAAACUAUCGCUCUUUCCUUUCUCACUUCGAGAUAGGGCGGCCCGUUGGUUGAAUACGUUCUCAAAGGGUCAUUUCAAAACCUGGGAGGCACUACACCAAGCUUUCAUGCACGAAUACUUCCCACCAUCCGCCAUCGCCAAAAUCAAACGAUCGAUCCAGAAUUUCUCUCAAGAUUCGAUCGAAUCCAUAAGCGAGGCAUGGGAAAGAUUCAAGGAUCUGAAGAUCAAAUGCCCACCUGCCCUAAUUGAUGCUGAUAGCCUGAUGUUCCAUUUUUAUCAAGGACUUCUGGUGCCGUCAAAGAAAGAACUCAACCACUCUUCUAAGGUCGGCUCUUUCUUAGAUAUGACACCGAAAGAAAAUGAGGAUCUGGUGGAGAGACUAACUUCAAAUCCCAAAUACUGGUACGAAGACCGAGCACCACAACAGAAGGCUGGCAUGUACGAAGUGGAUUCCUUGACGGCACUUAAAGCAAGCAUGGAAAGUUUGAUCAAACGAACUAUUCAAGAUCAGUUCAGUGCAAGCUCCCGAUCCAACAAACCAUACGAGUCAGUUGCUCAGGCUGAUAACUACUGUCAAGGCAGUUUAAGUUCGCACUCAAACGAACUUGUUCUAUCUUGUGAAUCAUGUACAGGUACACACUUGACAGCCCAGUGCCCUUACUAUGAAAUCCCGAUCAAGGAAAAGCCUAGAGAAGCAAAUUUGGCCCAGUAUGCAAACAAGGGGGAAGGACCAUGGGCCACGAACCAGUACCAACCAGCCCUCUGGCGCGAUGAUCUUUCAAGAGAGCGCAACAACAAUUUCCAAAGAAACAAUCGUCCGAGGGACGAUUUCAGACAAGGAGGCUGGAACAACAACUGGAAUCAGAGAGGGCCUAACUUCAACCAAGGGGGGAAUACUCAAGCAUAUGUCCCUCCACACCAGAGACAAGCUAAGGAUCCCACGACCGAGAUGAAGAAAAUGCUAGAAGAAAAAGACAAGAAAAAUGAAGAUAGAAUCCAGAGAUUGGAGGACUCGAUGCGACAACUUAUGGAACAAAUGACGAUCCGACCUCCAGGAACUGCCAGCCAAAACUGAAAACAACCCACGAGAACACCUCAAGGCUGUUACCUU